GUGAGUGAGUGAGUGAGAGAGAGAGAGAUCAAGAGUGAACGAGAGGAGAGAGAGCGACGACCAUCAGGGUCCGUGUGCCUGAGGGACGGACGACACGGAGAGGGACAAGACCAACUGAACGACUGAUUGUCCAACCAACCAACUGACAGACAGACUGAGAGCCAGACAGACUGAAUGAAGCCGCACCUGGUGCUUCUGAGGGCUCUUCCCAUGUUUUGAUUUGCUCAAUUUUUUACUUUCCACACGUGGUUUCACCAAGCCGCUUCCUGCCAUGCCGUCCAACAGUCCUGCUGCCGCUGAGCCGCCUCAGACACCGGAGAACGACACAGUAAAUGAUGUGUAAACAGGCCAACAUCAAAUUAACCAGACUUCUUUCCAGGGAUUGAUAUGAUUAGAAUCAGUCCUCCAGAGUUUGUGAUAGGAGCUGCGUCCCUAGCAACUGCCUGCUUUCUUGGGAUUGGCUCCAGUCCCCCCUGUAACCCUGACUGUGAUGAGUGUUAUAGAUUCUUGAUUCUCAACUGGUGGGUCUGGACCCAAAAGGGGGUUGCAAAGCCAAUUUCAGUGGGUCGUGGAUGUGUGCCUGGAAAAAUAUGUGGCAAAGAUUCUAUCAACAUUUAUUUUGAAAGAGCGAAGAUGGAGCAGACCAGGACAGUCCAGAGGAGGGGACGCCAGCGAGCCCCCGCACCAAGCGCAGAGUGGGUCGUCCUGGCAGGAAACGCAAACAGCUGCUUCCUGAGAUGGCGGCCUCUGACCCCUGUGCAAACGCCCCCCCAACCCCGCCCGAGGAGCCGGAACCCUCCCCUUCCCCUCGCAAGAAGCGCGGGCGUCGGAAACUCGAGCAUACAGAGAAGAAUAAGGACGAGCCAGACGACAGAAACUGUGACUCCCCCAGAGAGGGUGAGACAGGGAGGCUGCGGAGGAGGCCGGUCCCCAGAGUGACUUUCCAGGCUGGAGAUCCAUAUUACAUCAGCAGGAGACAGAGAGAAGAAUGGCUCAGCCGCUGGAAGAUGGAGGCAGAGCGACGGGCGUACAGAGAGGCAGAGAUGAACAUGAUGGACGACCUAUCAGAGGGUGACUUCCACAAAGAGGAGGAGCCUGCCAGCCCAGCCCAGCCCCCUUCACAGCAACACACAGACCCUGCCUCUCCGACAGUCGCAGUAACACCGGAGCCGGUUGCUAGGGGAGAACAGGCCACGCCCAGUGAGGUGGAGUACCAGACGCCACAUGGAGGAACAACAGACGACACGACAAAGGAUGGAAGAGGUUUUGGCAUCGGCACACUGGUGUUCGGAAAGCUACGCGGAUUCUCCUGGUGGCCCGGCAGGAUCGUUUCCUGGUGGAUGAGCGGCCGAAGUCGAGCCGCAGACGGGACUCGCUGGGUGAUGUGGUUUGGAGACGGCAAAUUCUCUGUGGUUUGUGUGGAAAAGCUGAUGCCUCUGAGCUCUUUCUCGUCUGCCUUCCACCAGCCCACCUACAACAAACAGUCCAUGUACCGCAAAGCUAUCUUCGAAGCUCUGCAGGUGGCCAGCGUUCGGGCAGGGAGGCCAGUUCCUUCCUGCGAUGCGAGCGAUGAAGCCGAGGGCGUCGAGAUUCAAACCAGACAGAUGAUUGAGUGGGCCAUGACCGGAUUCCUUCCCAGUGGCCCACAAUCUCUGGACCCUCCAGAGGGUGAACAAAAUUCAUAUAAAGAAAUGUACCCAGAGAUGUGGGCAGAACCCGAGGCAGCAUACACGCCUCCACCUGCCAAGAAACCACGCAAGAACUCAGCUGAGAAAGCAAAGAUCAGAGAGGUGAUCGAUGAAGGGACCAGAGAGAGACUCAUCUAUGAGAUCAAAAAGAAGACCAGGAACAUAGAAGAUAUCUGUAUCUCCUGUGGAAGUCUCAACGUCUCUCUAGAACAUCCUCUCUUCGAAGGAGCAAUGUGCCAGGGUUGCAAAAACUCAUUCCUCGAGUGUGCGUACCAGUAUGACGACGAUGGAUACCAGUCCUACUGCACCAUCUGCUGUGGAGGCAGAGAAGUGCUCAUGUGUGGCAACAACAACUGCUGUAGGUGUUUCUGUGUGGAGUGUGUGGAUUUGUUGGUCGGAGCCGGCUCAGCGGCAGCAGCUAUCGAAGAAGACCCCUGGAACUGUUACAUGUGCGGCCCCAGAAGCACCUAUGGUCUACUGCGACGACGGGACGACUGGCCCUCCAGGCUACAACAUUUCUUCGCCAACAACCACGAACAGGAAUUUGAGCCGGCCAAGUUGUAUCCUCCGGUCGCAGCAGAGAAAAGGAAACCAAUCAGAGUCCUCUCGCUGUUUGAUGGCAUUGCCACAGGUCUGCUGGUUCUGAAGGAUCUCGGCAUCCAGGUUGACAAAUAUGUGGCGUCUGAGGUGUGUGAGGACUCCAUCACUGUCGGCAUGGUUCGACACCAGGGUCGCAUCAUGUACGUUGGUGACGUACGCAACGUUACACACAAACAUAUUGAAGAGUGGGGACCAUUUGACCUGGUGAUUGGAGGAAGCCCCUGCAAUGACCUCUCCAUAGUGAACCCAGCGAGAAAAGGCCUCUAUGAGGGAACAGGUCGGCUGUUUUUCGAGUUUUACCGUCUGCUGCACGAGGCUCGACCGAAGCCAGGCGAUGAGCGGCCGUUCUUCUGGCUGUUUGAGAAUGUGGUCGCUAUGGGCGUUAGUGACAAACGGGACAUCUCUCGCUUUUUGGAGUGUAACCCUGUGAUGAUUGAUGCCAAGGAAGUCUCUGCUGCCCACCGCGCUCGUUAUUUCUGGGGGAACCUGCCCGGCAUGUCCAGACCUUUGACACCCAUGGCGAACGAUAAACUGGACCUACAGGAGUGUCUCGAACAUGGACGCACAGCAAAGUUUGAGAAGUUGCGUACGAUAACGACACGCUCCAACUCUGUGAAGCAGGGGAAAGAUGAGCAUUUCCCCGUCUACAUGGACAACAAGGAGGACAUCCUGUGGUGUACCGAGAUGGAGAGGGUGUUUGGUUUCCCCGUCCACUACACCGACGUGUCCAACAUGAGUCGUCUGGCCAGGCAAAGGCUGCUGGGACGUUCGUGGAGCGUCCCUGUCAUCAGGCACCUCUUCGCCCCGCUCAAGGAGUACUUUGCCUGCAACUAGUCACACACAACACCUACCCUCUCUCUCUCCAACACACACACAUAGACAGACAUAUAAACAGUAAUCAACGACAGACAGACAAGGGUUACAGCGAGUACAUGAAGGUUGGCUGACGCAGGAUGACAACGAUGACCGGACACACACACAUUUAUAACACACAAACACACAUUCUGUAAAGGACUGCUUCCAUAGAUCCCAUGUAGACCGCUGGCUGACCUUAGUCCCUGGUGCUACCUUGCAGAUGUCCAAACAAAAACAAAACACAUAAAUACUGGUACUGUAUCUCUUCACCUUGAAACUGUUGUCUUCUGCAACUGGAGUUCAAAACCUCCACACUCUAACAAUAUCCAAACAUUUCAACACACCAAGAACAGCUAAUACUUAACUAACGCUAACACUCUACUGCUUUCAUGCGUAGUGACAGUGAUGGUGUCAAACUUAAUUUAUACAAAUGCACACACAAACACACAUCAGUGUAAUAUUCGCGGUGCUGGUCAGGCAGUGACAGUCCAAAUGGUGCAACUUUAAUACAACACUUUCAAAGAUUUUGGUGCUCUUUAGGACUGAACGGUCUUUGGUUGAUUGCUGAGGUAAACCAAAUGCUAACGAGAAGGCGGAGGAAACACCAGGCAGAAGAGAUGGGCAUGUGUCAGAAGUUUUUAAUAUCUAUUUAGACGUCAAAUUUUAUGUUUGAGAGAAAAAUGUGAUAGAUUCACAUGAAGCUGUUUUUAAUAACAGAUUGUAAGAGCUGUUCUGGAGGCGGAAACAAUUUUAUUAGCUGGGUUCAACCAAACAAAACAUGUGUAGACACAUGUAAAUAUGUGUCCCAGAACCAGGCAGCCUAGGUUCAAAGCAGACAGGUGACUCCUUUCUGACUCUAUCCACUGUACUAAGUACAGGCAUAAAAGCCUAAUAAUACAUCUUACAAGAAUGAAAUAUCUUCAUUUUCCCUUGAAAAUGUCGAGAAAUAUCAACAGCAUUGCUGGACAUUAGGACAUGCUAUAUUUCCAGGACACAGCCUAAGUCUUAAACUAUGCCAAAGUGCAUUUUACAACUUACACAUUAAUCAGAACAGAGAGUGAGAAGGACAAAAAUGACAUUUAAAGUUUUGAGAUCAAGUGAGACAAACCACAGAAAAAUAUUCUAUCAGCUAUAAUUUCCAUUUUCACCAUCUUGCAACGUCUUUCUCAGUCUUUGUAAGAAAGUCAGUCUUUCCGUUUUGCAAAUGUCAUCGCCCAUUGGGAAAUUUCCAUCACCUGAAAAGCUUUUAAAAUCAGUGAAAACAAGCCCUCAUUCAUUAUGAUGUCAAGCUGAUAAAAAUAAUGAAAUGCUGGAUAACCAAAAAUAUAUAUUUAAAAAUGCAUUUUUUUUAAACAUAGAAGUAAAAAUAUUUAAAUCAUUUAAAAGUCUAGAGUUAAAAUAGGGAUACAGUCAAACAGUAAUGGUACUUCAAAAGAAACAGAAAAUAAUAUGGACAAUAGAGAAAAUCAUAAAAGAUGAACACAAGAAAUAAAUCAUGAAAUAAGUUAGUAAAAUAAAAUGAAAUAAAAGUUAUUACAUUAACUAAAAUAUGGAAAAAUACAAUAAAAUUAAAAAGUCUAAAAAGAAUUAAAAUUGAAAUAUUCUUAAACAUACAAAUUAAAAUCUAUUAAAGCUGGGCGAUACCUGAUAUAAAAACAGACAAAGGUUGUAAUAUCAUUGCAAAUUAAAAGCCAGAUUGAAAGAUGUCUUCAGUUUACUUUUAAAAACACCUAGAGAGCUCACCACUUUAAUGUCCAGAGACGGUGAGUUCCAAACUUUAGGGGCAUAAAAACAAAAAGCUCUCUCCAAGCUGGUUGUGUGAGUGACAUGAAGGGCAUUAAAAAGGAAAGCAUUUGAGGACCUAAGGGAUCUGAUAAUAUAUAAAGAAAUAGAAUCUAGAUAAAUUAAAAUAGAUCUGUUAAAAGACGUUAGAUAAAGACAACUUUUAUACAUAAACUUCAAGAAAAUAGUGAAAUGGUUCCAUUUAACCCUCACAAAAAGACACUUUUGGUAACAUGAGGCCCAAGAUGAUAGGGAAGAAUCUUGUUACUUCCUCAGUGCUUAGAGCACCCUCUAGUGGGGCAGAGAAACCAAGGCCUGACACCCCAACUUUAUCUGCAAGUCACAUUUCACAAAGAGGAUGAUUUCAUGUGCUUACAAUGUGAUAAAUUAGAAUGAAGCUGAAGGAUUGCAAAGAAAUACAUAUCAGACAAAUAUGCACAAAAAUGCAGUUCAGUUAAAUAGUACUAAAGAGACUAUAAUAACUUCAAUGAAAUAUGUAAAGAUCACAGAAAAUACAAUUCACAUUAAAGCAGAUUAACAGCAAUUACUCUGCAGUUUUAGUGUAUGAAAUUAGGAGCUUUUUCCAGCUGUGAUUUAAAAGCGGUCAGCGUCAGGGCUUGUCUUGUAUCAUCUGGGAGAUUAUUGCAGCUGUGUUGCGUGAUAAAACAAAGCUGUUUCCCCGUGUACCGUCCUAAACGGCUCAGGGAGAGGGCACAAGGACACACGCUCUUACAGGGAAACUAUCCUUUUUUGUCCUGCUGAGUUUGUGUUAGCUGUCACUGGACUCAAAAUAAUGUAGAAAUAAAGACAGAAUAAAGUCUUUUUUUUUUUUUACUUAAAACCACCCUCAUGCAUAAAAAAUUAUAGAAUAUUAUUAUAUUAAUAUUAACAUUACCUGUUAUCGAAAGACAUGUUUAUGGUGUUGUGGUGUGUUGUGAUGUUCAUCUAAAAGUUCCAGUUUUAGGCUUUUAUUAGUCCCUCAUAUCACUAUAAAGAUUAAGUUGGUGGUUUCAGUUUAUGUCUGCAUAAAAUUUAGGAAUCUUGAGCUAAAAUUGGUCCCUGCUCUCAAAGGUUGAAAGAAUCUAUAAUAAUGAACCAAGCAUACCGAGCAGAAUAAUUAAAUUCAGUUUGUGGUGAAAACGGAAAGGGAAAAUGUUAUUAUUUUGACUAUCUUUUGGCAAAGAAAAUCCUUAGACAAGAUCCAUGCCACCCCCAACCACCAUCAAAAUAAAUCAAGUAACUUGCAGCUCAUGAUUAAAUCUAAUGCAGUUUUGCUUAUUUCUGUCUCCUGAGAUUGGAUGUAAAUUUCAUGUGACAUAUUUUGGACUUUCUUAGAGCUGUAUUGGUAUUGCAGCUUGUGAAUUUUCCAAAUAUUCGAAAUCAUGAACUUCAUUAAGGUUAUUUUUUAGCUAUUUGAAGGGAUGAGUGUUGCUUACAUCAUUUUGAUGAAGUUAUAAUUCUAAUGAAAUAUUAAUGUAUAUUUCUGUGAUACAGAAAUACUCUGCAUUUAGCCUGUCUUCUGGUUUGCAUACAGAAAUCUAAGCUCAACACUGCUAAGGAUUGGAAUUGAUGUUGUUUCAUUGGCUUUUAUCUUCUCCCUUAAAACCACAUUUGUUGUGACAAUAUCUGCAUUUUUGUCACAAAGAGACAGAAGAUGCUUUUAGUCUUGUUUGGAAAAAUGAAGGGGUUUCAUUCCCCAAGAACAGCUCUUGCAAUACUGUUCAUUUAUUAUUAUCAUCAAGUUAGGCAGAGAAAUAUUCCAGUUUUUACAUCUUUUUUUCAAUAAAACAAGAAUCUUCAGAAUUAGAGGCUGUCACUGUUUGCCCAGUCGAUAAAUACAACUUUAGUGAAAAAAAAUCCCCAAAUUCAGAUUAAUCUUUGUAAUUUUUCAGUGAAAUAUUUUAAUUCUUGCAUAUUAUAUCUUCCUCCAGAGCAGCUCUUCCUCUUAAAAUCAUUUAUAGGCUUUUUAGUAUUCAAAAGUUACACUCACAGCAGCAUUUAAAGUGAAAACCCAUCAGUUAUGGAAGUUUCUUGAACUUCUCCAGCCUCUCUUGUUGCAUAGCCAAGGUGUUUUACUUCUGUUACAAAGAUGAUCAUGAUCUCUUUGCAGUUAAGACCAGAUCAGGCUAAACAAAUGCAGCCAGAUUGUGACCCGACUGUGUCGGCGGCAUCACACAUCAUCAGAAUUCUGGCCUGAGUAUGAAUAUCAGGAACAACAGAUGCCCUUUUAGUGUGACGUAAUCAAUGAUAAGUCCUGGCUGCCCCAUGACCCUGGUUCAUCAAGACUGCCUUAUCAGAAUUUUUCUUGCAUCUUCUGCCUAGUUUGACCACCUGAGCUGAGGUCAAUAUCGUGUAUCCUGACACUGACCGGUAGGACAGUGUUAGCCUUCUGUUUACAUACAGGUAACACUUUUUCAGGGUUCCAGAGCUGGUUUGGAGCUUAUGGUUAACCUAUCAAACAGUUUCUUGUUUUUUCAUAGCCAAAGAUCUGACCCUCGGCCAGAAUGAGGGGGUUUAAAUGUACAAAUAACCAGGCAAAGGGCCCGUUGUAAGCAACAAAGCUUCAAACAAGUCAGCAAGACAACAGUGCGAAACAAACAUGGAAGCAAAGCAGCAGUGGUCUGAGGAGGAGACGAGCUGUGUCCUGACUGCUCUGGCACAGGAUGAAGGGAAAAUGAAGACACACACUGAUGUUUCCAGUGGCAAAAUGACACAGGUCUCUGGCCAGCUUCAGCCCAUGGAAACGGUUUCUCUGAUGGUUUUUAGACUGAAUCAUCGGUAAACUGGCUCCAGCUUUAGCCCAAGAACUGGCUUGGUGGAAAAGGGGUUGGUGAAGAUAGCAUGCGUAACAGUAAUUAACCAAGCCAACUGGGCUAAUUCUCUUGAUAUGUUAUCACAUUCAUCACAUAGCGAGUCCAUAUUUUCCUCUUCUUGAUUCAUAGCGACGAGUCCAAAUCGUUUUUUCUUUGUUGUUUUUGUCAGAGCGUUUCAGUUGUAGCCAUGGUUGACACUCCUUGACUGGCCUUCUCUUGUAGUGUUGCGAGUCUUUUGGUAGAACUUUAGUAGUUUGAUCUGACCUUUAAUCUCCUGCUUUGCAUAAUAGUGAUGUAAAAUGUCCUCCAGUAAUCACUGCGACAUCCAAUGGCCCUAGAACCUUGUUAGCUCAACCAACACUGUUGUUUUUUACUUCCUAAGACAGAAUCCGACUGCCCUGAAAAAAUAACCAAAUAUAUGAGAGAUGGAGUUGUAUGACCAGGCUGACCAGGGUGUUUCUUCUGCCUUCUGCCCAGUGCAUGCUGGGAUAGUCUCAGCUGCUCUGUGACCUUGAGAGAGGAAUGAGCAAGGAAAGGAAAUGUAAUCCAAUGAAAUGUUUCUGAGACUCUGAUACACAUAAACGCUUCUUCUAAAUGUCUUCAGACAGGGCUGCCUUUAGAGAAAACAUCUCUGGUGCUUCUGGUCCUCAGGCGGCCAUCUUUUUUCCGGGAAGCCUUCCGAUCCUCUGACCUUCCUCAGAUACCAGCUAACAACUGGACAUAUUCAAACACUCACACAUACAUCCAUGCACAAAACAGAAACAAUAACCAACAAUAAACCAGCAGGUUUUUUUUCAUCAUGUUUACUCUCCGUUUAUACAACCAACCUUCAGGUGCUUUUUAAACGUUGCUCUUUUUUACAGUGCGUUUGCAGGUUAAACUCACACACAGACACACACAUCAGCUGGAAACACAGUGAUGCCCUUUAUGCUUAUCCCUCCCCUACUACACACACAAGCAUACACACUGUGUUUUUGCCAGCCGCCUGUCCCUGUCAGGCUUCCCACUGCGCCGCCGGGUGUGACAUCAUCACCCUGCGAUGCUUGGUGCUCCCAAAAUUCCCUGAAACCCUCCACUUCCCCUGACCCCCAGGUGCUGCAUGUCAGUCAGUCAGUGUAAUCUCCGAUUCCAUGUUAGAUUAGGGAGUAAUGAUCAUAAUAAUAAUGGUAAUAAUAAUGACAAUAAUAAUCUGUUAUUGUGUGUGUGUACUGUUCCAGAUUGGUGCUCCGUUCAGUUCAGUCUCAGCCUAGAAAGGAGAGAGGGAGGCUAGAGAGAGCUUAUAUUACAGUUAGUAUAGUGACUUGUUCUAUUGUACCAGAGGACGCCGGAAGAAAUGGUCGAACAGCCGAAAUAGAGGACACUCUCAAACAAGAGUGAGUUGAAAUAAUGCUCAAAUCAAACAUCAUAGAAUCAACAGCAACAGACAAAACAAGACUUUAAAACAUUUCACAACAUAUCUUAACAUAGAGGGAGAUGUAUAGUUUAUGCAAUACCACAUAAGUAAAUAUUAAUUUUAUCAUUUAAAGUUCCAGCUACCAGGGACAAAAGCCCGCUUCAGAGUGACACAAAAACCCAAGAUGUCUCACAAUUGAUCUGAGUUUAUUUAAAUUGAAAACUGUGAUGCUGAGACACAACCCAAUUGAAAUGCUUGUUCUUGAUCAGAAUGACUAGACCAGGCAGUGUCAUUUGAAUAGAAUGAGGCGAUUGCUUCUUGUGUGCUUCAGCUAAAGGGACUACAAGCCCGUAAACCAGUUGUUCCUUACCUUUUUCCUUGGAGCUACCCCCACUAGCCUUACAUGCCAGAUAGACAUUUUCACAUAUCCAUUACAUGGCAUAUAUCUCACCUACAUCUGGUCAACAGCCCUUAAUCGGUUUUAGGGUGAUUUGAUUGAUUCUGUCUCGAUCAUUACAGGCCGAUUAGAGUGAUGAAACUUGUGAUGUGGAAGGCAUGUGUAGCUCUGAAGUGAAUUAAACACUGUAGCUUUGCUAACUAUUAUUAGAGCCGACAAACUCGUGCCAAAACUGGUUGGGAGAAGAGUAAAAACAUUUUUUCCUAGGAAAACUUCAGUGCAGUUCUUUGUUCUUGUAAUAAAUAAAUAUGGUCGCAGUUUUGAAAAAAGCUGCUGACACACUUAGGUUACACCCAAGCUAAAUGCUACACCUACCUCCAUUGUUUACCAGCUUGCAGUUUAACUAAAUUCCACCUGUGAUUGCCGCCUCAUUCUCCUCAAAUGAUUGGCUUGUCCAUUCUCAGACCAGGCACAGUUGUUUCAGAUUGGAGCUUUGGAAGAUUGAUCUACUUGAUGACAGACAUGAAAUCUAGCCAGUCUAUCAGCUUUGCAAGAUUACCUCCUACUGCCCACCAGACCAUCCUGGAAAAAAUACAUUACUGUAAAAACUAGUUGAUGAACCCCUAAGAAAAAAGGGACUACACCUUUUUUCCUUACCAUAAGACCUUUGUGUAAACUACUAAAUAAUCAUUCUUAUCUUGAUUUUAGUUCAUAUUCUAUAUCUAAAUUCAACCACCUCAGAUAAAGCCUCAUACCUGCCCCUGAGAUCUUUGGCACCCUUACAGGAAGUCCUGAACUCCAGGUUGGGAACCAACUGCUUAGCAGAUAGAUGGCACCCCAUCUACAAAGGCUAUAAACCUUCAGGUGAAUCUCAUUUCCCCUCAUGUCAUUCCUCCUCUCACUCAACAAUUUCUUACUCUAUCCGCUGUCCUAUCCAAUAACGGCUGAAGCGCAAAAAUAAAUCUUAAAAAAAAAAAAAAAAAAAAAAAGACAGAAAGUGGGAGGUUAUUUUUCUUGUUAUGUACAAAACAUAUUGGUUAAAGUAUCCAGUGUGCUAAACUAUCAAACAAAGGCAAAUGUCUAUUGUUAGCAUUGUUAAAUUAUUUGAACUACAAGAAUAAUAAACAACAAUCAAAUUAAGACCGUACUGACCGUAUAGGGGUACUAAGUUAACAGGCAUCACCAGUUGGCUGAAAAGGUAAAGACACAAAGUGAAACAAAGGGAAAAUGUUUGAUAAUGUAGCUUCUUCAUGCUCUCUAUAACCCAGUAAAGGUGACACACAGAACAAGUAUAUAGUCCAUAUAUAAUCCAGAGUGUAACUGCUCCCUAAAUGUUUCUAUCUAAGGAGCCACUUGCCAAGAAAACUUUAAGAACCACCUUUUUAAUGGUAUGAUACAACAACUAAACAGACUUAGUAUUAUGUCUUUCACAACAAAUGAUCAGUAGAACUUCAAAGAGGAUGAAGAUCAGCAAACUUCCUUGGUACCUUUUUGCAUCAUCAUCACUAUGCAGCACAAAAUCCUUCAUAUGCUAUAAAAAGUUUAGAGUCCCUUGAAGUUGUCUGAUCAAUGUACAAAACUGAUGACAAAGAGUUUUAAUGAACCAUGUCUCCGUUUUUAAAGUCCACAAUACUGAAAAGUUGGAAACUACUGACUCAGAAUGCUGAUUUCUAGCUCAGUUCUGUCUUUUGUUUAGGAAUGCACCAAUACCAAAUGUGGUGAUGCCAAGUCUAAGUGCUCAUAAACAGUGUGGAUAGGUGCUCAAUAUCAUUUGACAACAUGGUGUUAGCCUCUCAUUGUUUGAGCAGGUAAACAAAGAUGGAGCCAUGUCUACAGUUUUGUGAUAUUUUUAAAUAAAUUAAUGUGGCAAAAGUGGAGCAAAGUAUGCACUGCUAAAUUAACAUAAGAAUGGUGAAGAGCAUCUGAUGACAAUUAACAAACUGAUUUUAAGAAUUAUAAUGAUAUUAAGUAUUCAAUUAUGUGCAUGGUAUGAAUUUGUACCCAAAUGUAACUCGUACUUGGUCAGUAAUAAUUGGUAUGGCUGCAUCCCUCCUCUUGUGUUAUUUCACCUCACUCCUGUUUGAGAGUGCUGUCAGACUUCAGUGUGAUGGACGGAGUUCAUAUUUUAACACGGUGGGUGAUUCUGUGAUGAUGUUUCUGUUCGCCUAUCGACAGCUUUUAGGCUGAGUGACACGUUGUUUUCCACACUGAUAAAACACACAAACACACAACACUGUUACUGACAUACACACACACGCACACACCACCGACAAACACGAAGCUGUGGCGCAUUCAGACACUCAUCUCAUGGACUAAAUGAAAGAUGAGCUUUUAGGAAAAAAAGGAGGACCUGUUGGUGUUUCAAAAGGUGCUAAAAUUUUAUCUGAAAAUAAGAAAAAUAUAUUGUUAGGAGUAUAAAUCAAGUUUGUCUUUACAAUGACUGUAUUUAAGUUUGUCGUAGUAAUGAAGAGGCACUAUUAUUAUUUUACUCUUGUAUGAAUAUGAACUAAUUAAAAGGCAUUUUAACUUUGUACUUGAACUAUGUAAGAAAUGAACCGUGAAUAAAAAAAGAGACUGUUUCUUGUGA